UUUGGCUAAAGGUAGGGCUUGAGCACCGCCAUCGCAAGUUCUCAGCUAUGGAGGAGCAUUUCAUCCUCAGGGUGCCGCCGUCGGUGGCGGAGCGGCUCAACGGCGUGCUCAGCGAGCGCGCCCAAGCGCCGGAAGACGAAGGGAUCGACAUCUGCUUUCGAGAUGCCAGAACUGGGAUGUUUACGAUCGGGAAAGACCAGUUUGAGGUAUCGCUGGUCGAUCUUCCUUGCGUCGUGGAGUCCUACAAGACUUACGACGAUACUGUGCUCAUCAAGGCGGCCGAUAUUGGCCAGAUGAUUCUCGUGAGAGAUAACAAGGAGCCUGCUCCAGAGGGCGUGGAGCACAAAGACGGGCUCACUCCGGCGAUGAGAGACGCGAGAAAGCGGCGAUUUCGCAGAGACGCCGAGAUCAUCAAUCCAGACUUCGUACACAAUGUGGAGAACGAUCUGGUGAACAUCCUGGCCGGAGGAACUGCGCGAGAUGUGGAUGUUGAAGUGGUGGAGCAGGAAGAAGAUGUUGAAGAAGCGGAGCCAGUUCCAGCUCCGGUUGCUGUGCCUCCGCCUGUUCAACCGGCAGCGGCGGUGGUGGCGAGUGACAAAAUCGCCGCUGCUCCAAAGGCGACCGAUGAAUACGACGAUUCAUCGGACGAGAAUGGCUACUACGAGGACUCGGAUGAUUACUGAAGCGAUCCAGAGGCCUCAGGUAGUAAGUUAUUUGCAUAGUUUCUUGUCCAAAGAGCAAACACUGUGUAUGAUAUAAUCGAAAAUCACACAGGCAUUCUGGACCAUUGGGUCAACUA